AACAACUCUAACGGUUCGGCAACUGUUCAACGGUUCUUUAUGAGACCAGGAGAGUCCUCUUAGGAGAUCCAGUUGUACAGAUAAAACUAUGGAUGCCGGUGAAAAUCCACUCCCUGACAGCAUCAACCCCAACAACUUUCCUGCUAAACUGUGGCGUUUGGUGAACAGCCCGGCUAACGAGGCCAUCUGCUGGGACAGUCUCGGAGAGGUGAUCGUCAUUGAUCAGCAGCGCUUCGAGAGACAGGUGCUGUCUCCGGGCAGUAUGUCCCCCAACAGCCCCGACGCCUUCAAAACGACAAACUUCUCAAGCUUCGUCCGUCAGCUCAAUCUAUACGGGUUCAAGAAAGUUGAACAAGAUGUUACCCUACCUAAGUUGGGCAACUCGACCUUUCAUUAUUUUUACAACGCAAGCUUUAAGCGCAGCCACCCUGAACUUGUUGCGAGACUGAGAAGGCUCACAGUGGACAAUAAGGCCAAACUCCAGGCUGGUCUGGACGUGAACUGUCGCCCUCCGUGUAGAUACCAGCGUGUGAGUGGGAGUGAACAUAACAGAGGCCCUUCACUGCUGAGCCCCAGCCAUCAGCAGUCAACUCAUCCUUACUAUCCAAGUAAAACCCAGGCCACGAAAGCCCUCAAUGGAACCCCAGUCCCACCGCGGUACCUGAUGAGGGGUCUUGGUGCAGCUUUUUCUCCUACUAACAGUGAGAAAGCAGCAUUUGUAGGCCAAGCCUAUGCUGGGGUUACCUCUAGCCCAAAUGCUGUGAGCAUGCAGCAGGGCUUACUGCCCUAUGCAAACCAAGGAAAUCCAAAUUUCACUGGUUUUAAUCCUCAUAAUGCCCCAUAUCAGCCUGGCUUCUAUUCUCCAGUUUUCCAUUGCUACUAUCCAAACCCUGUGGGACCGCAUAUGGCAGGUGGUGGCCUUCAGAGACGGAUGCUUUCCCCUCAAGGUUAUUAUCAGGCAGGACCUCCUGUGAAUAUGUUCUGUCAGGACUUACAGAGUAAAGAAAACCAGGAGGUGAAAAAAAGUGACACUAGCUUGGAUGCAAUUUUCCAGAUGGCAGAUGAGGUGAUGCAAACUCCACCCAGUCGCUGCCUGGUUAAAGUUAAAAUCCCAGAGAAGCCAGUCUCUGAGUUAGAGCCUUCUUCCAACACCUGUAACCCUAAAAGCAGUGACAACAGCAUGAAAGCAAAUCCUCUCGGUGCUGAACCCAUUCUAAUGGCUGUGUCAAACUAUCCUCAUCUAACUACAUACAAACAGGAGGAGCAGUGUUUGGUUUCAGUACCUGAGCAGAUGCCUGAUGAUGCUAUCUUUGAGGAGGCUGAGGUUGUAAGUGUUGAAGUUAGCACAGAUACAGUCGGAGAUACCAGGCAUGAUCAUAACAGCAGCAACACUGGAAGAACGGCAGAUCUUUAGGUGGUCGAUUUCAUUGCCAUAUGACAGGGAGUCUUGGUUCACCCCAGGAUGUGAUCUUAAAUUCUCACAAUGAUCAGAUAUCAUUUUUCACAUUAGUAAUUCUUUAUUAUUUGUUGCCGUUUUUAAUUUAAACCUUACUUUCAAAGUUUUGUCAAAUUAGUUGAACAUCAUAGAGUUUUACUUAGUUUUAUUAUUAUUAUCAUUAUUUUUAAAUAACUUUUUUGUUUCUGUAAGAUUUUUAACUGCUUGUACCACAAUACAUUUAAAAAUGUAUGAUAGGCUUAGGCUUUAAACACAAUUUUUAAGCAAUGUAAAGUUUGUACAUAAUUUAAUAAGCACAUUUUAGACUUUAAAAUAAAGUGCUGUGUAAGGAAGACACCAUCUUUUAAUUAGAGAAAAUAUUGAAAUAUUUAUAAAUGUCAG